AAUGUCAAACCAAUUAAGCGUUGUUAUCUAUCGAUUUCAUUGUGUACAAAGUAUAGCUAGAAUAACCUAUAAAAAUAACCCCAAUGAAAACCGUUAAAACCCUGGAGUCCCCUGACGAUUCUCCCUAUUAACAAAUCCUGGAUCCCCCACUGUAUCAGAAAAUAUUUUUAGAAUUUAGAAAAAAACGUCAAAUAAAGUUAUCGAUUGAUGGCUUGCAGACCGGGAAGGUAUGAGGGAGUAGCGCGCAGUAUUUUAUGACACAGUGUGACAAUGACACGAGAUAUAAAAGGCUUGUCAACAGACGAACAGUCAGUGUAUGAUACGGUGCAAGCUACGCAGAGGCUGUUAUUUAAACCUCGUUACACUAACUAACAGAAGGAAACUGUGAAAAUUCUUGUGCAAAUUUUUGAUUUGUGCAAUAUAAUAUGCAAUUAUUUCUGAGGAUAAAAAAAGGAACUCGGCAUCAAAGAGAGGAAUGAAAUAAGAUUACGAUGUAACAUUGAGGACUUCACAAGUAGUGGUACAGAGGAAUAUAUUUUAGUCCCAAGACCGAAAUAAAUUGUCAUGCAGGACAAAAUAGUGUCGUGUUUUGGUACCGGGUGUGAGGAACGAUUCAAUUGUUACCAGUCACCCGAGGAUGCGAAGAAAGCUAAAUACAGAAACAAACAAAUCAGCAGACUCCUGAAGCAACACCACAAGGAGGAACUGAAAAAACUAAAGAUUCUGUUACUGGGCACUGGAGAAUCAGGCAAGAGCACCAUUGCUAAGCAAAUGCGAAUCAUUCACAUCAAUGGCUUCAACAUGAGAGAACGACUAGAAAAAAUUUGUGAUAUAAGAAAGAACAUCAAAGAAUCCAUUGUGGUGUUGCUUUUGGCCAUGCAUCAACUUGAAAUUCCAUUGGAGUGUGAAGAGAGUAACAAAAGCAGAGAUUUUAUUUUGAAAGAGGCUGGGAAUCCUGAUCUUCACAGGACAAGUGAAUUUCUUGAACAUUCCGAAAAAUUAUGGGCGGAUCCUGGAGUUCAGGCUUGUUACAGUAGAUCUCACGAGUUCCAGCUGAUCGACUGUGCGAAAUAUUUCCUGGACAAACUUCAUGAAAUCAAAAGCCCGGCUUACGUCCCCUCAGACCAAGACAUACUGAGGUGUCGCUGCGUCACCACAUCCAUUCAGCACAUAGAGUUUGAAGUCCCUGAUGGUGGAAACCAGAUUAAAUUCAAUGUUUACGAUGUUGGUGGACAACAGGGGGAACGAAAAAAGUGGAUCCAAGUGUUUGACAGUGUGACGGCCAUUCUUUUCGUUGUGGACUGUAGCAGUUUCGACCAAACACUUCGUGAAGAUCCAACAAAGAACAGACUUCUGGAAGCCUUAGAGAACUUUGACCAAGUCUGGAACAAUCGAUUUCUUCGUUAUGUGUCAGUCCUUCUUUUCAUCAACAAAAUUGACAUUUUAGCAGAAAAGAUUGCCAGGGGACGUGAUAUCUCAGAGCUCACAAAGAAGUACCCCGAUAUCUUCCCAGAUUUCGAUAAAUUUAAUCCAUCCAAUUCCGAAAAGCUUCAAUUCCUUGAAGCUCUUCCAUAUCCCGACUCCGAGCCACGGAAGAAAUCCCGCGCAACGUCGCGCUCCGAUGUUCAUCCAGAUACAGUGAAAACCGCUGUCUACAUCAAGCACCUCUUUUUGAAAAUCGUGAAGGGAGAACUUAACCUGAAAAAGAGAAUUACAAAGCAAGAACGAAACUGGCAUGAUGAACAUAGCUGUGAAUAUUUCUAUACGUGCGCAAUUGACACAAAUAACGUUCAGCGUGUUCUGAAUGGCUGCCGAACAUUGAUAAUACAAAAUCACUUGAGAAGAUUCGGUAUCAUUUAAUUCCUUCCUACAUCAUGUUCCUUUUAGUGAGAAGUAGCACCAGAUCUUCCGACUUUGUGAUAUUUAACUCUAGUCAGACGGUGUUUAGUGUCUGUCAUUCCAUAGACAAUACUCAGACUGCCUGUUGCAGGGGAAGAUUGAUAUUAUACUGUUCAGCGGAUAUGACGUAGUUCUGACGUAGUUCAAGUAUCUUGUUUCCAGUUCUUUGAAUAUUUCGUAAGGUCAUGUCUUUGGAGAUUGAUCAUGUGUCUCGCGAUCGAUUCCUUAUUAUUUAUUCGAUGUAUUAAAUAUUUUCAACGAGUGAUAAAUCGUUCUUUUAUGGUCUUUCUUGGACUUGAUGAUUUUUCUCUUCAUGUUACAACUGUUUUGACAAAACAAUAAAACAUAAAAUACA